AAUUAAUAUACUUAUAUGUAUAUAUAUAGUAUAGAAUAUCAUUCCAUAUGUGUACGUGCAUGAAAAUGGCUAAGAACAACAAUAUUGCAAAAAGAUGGAAAGUUUUGAGCGGUGAGAAUGAGUGGGAAGGUCUACUCGAACCACUCGAUCUAGACCUUCGCCAAUACGUGAUUCACUAUGGCGAGAGGGCGCAAGCAAUAGCUGACGCCUUCAUCGCUGAGACCAAAUCCAAGAACUGUGGCCUAUCUCGAUACCCUACUGAGGGCUUCUUCUCUCAUGUAGGGUUAGACAAAGGUAACCCUUACAAAUAUGAGGUCACUACUUUUUUCUAUGCUGCUUAUGGAGAUCUCGACAAUGGUGGGUCUGAUAAGAUUUUCAAAAAAUCAUUAUCUCCGCUAUCCGAGACUGAGACCUCUAACUGCAUUGGCUACAUUGCUAUUGCUACGGAUGAGGGUAAGGUUGCUUUGGGAAGGCGAGACAUCAUUGUGGUUUGGAGGGGUAGCAUGGUGUCAGAGGAUUGGACUGCUGAUUUUAAGUUUGAUUUGGUGUCUGGGAAGGACAUACUUGGUGCAACUAACAAUCCUAAAGUGCAUAAAGGGUGGUACUCUAUCUACACGGCGACUAAUACUUCCAAGUUUAAUCGAACCAGUGCUCGCGACCAGGUUUUCUCAGAGGUUAAGAGACUAAUGGCGAAAUACCAAGAGGAGGAACUAAGUAUAACAGUGACUGGCCACAGCAUGGGAGCUGCACUCGCAACACUCAAUGCAGUUGACAUGGCUUACAACAAGAUAAACAUAUUUUCUACCCAACCAAACAAGGCUCCAGUUUCGAUCACUGCUUUUGUCUUUGCCAGCCCUCGUGUUGGAGACCGCGGGUUCGGUAGCGUCUAUUCUGAUCUCAACACCGGCAGGAGCCUUCACAUCCUUCGAGUGAAUGAAUUUCUUGACAUUGUCCCCCAAUACCCUUUUAUUUUCCAAGGCUAUGUCGACGUGGGACAGUUGUUGCUCCUCAUGGUUCUCAAAUCACCAUACAUUAAGCCAUUCCUUCAUUUGGUUGCCACUAGAAAGUGGCUACCGGUUCAUAAUUUGGAGCUCCAUUUGCAUGGAGUUGCAGGAACACAGGGUGUUUUCGGAGGGUUCAAUUUGCAAAUUGAUCGCGACCUUGGCCUCAUGAACAAAGGAGGAGACUUUGUUAAGGAUGAGUAUCUCAAAAUUACAAGUUGGUGGACUGGGAAGAACAAGUCCAUGGUCCAAAACGAUGACGGAUCAUGGGAGCUUGAGGAUUCUCAAGAGUAAGAACAGAGAAAAUCAUCAUAUGAUAAGCUUUUAUCAGAAUAACUAGCCAUAUUUGAAUUCAGUGUCAUGUAUUACCAUAAAAUAAAAGCUCAAUUCUAUGUCCAAUACUAUACUAAAUAAGAAGAGCUCCAUAACAAAAGUUCUAAUGAAUUCUCAUUUCUAGUA